AGGAGUGAAACUGGAGGAUGUAAAGUGCUUAUGAUAUGAUACAAAAGAGGCAAAUCAUACUAUUUUGUAUUACAAACUAAACCAGAAUGAUGUGACACAUGGGAAACAAGCAAACAAUGCCAGUGAGAUUUCGGUUUAUAGUUAUAUGAGGCUGAAACAUUUUAAUAUUAGUGUAUUCAUCUCACAUAACAAUCUGACAAUAAAAAAUGUCGCAUUCCGCACCAACCAGCGCUGACGCCUGUUUGAGCAUCGUUCACAGUUUGAUGUGCCAUCGCCAAGGUGGAGAGAGUGAAUCGUUCGCCAAACGUGCAAUAGAAUCGCUUGUUAAGAAGUUAAAGGAGAAACGAGAUGAGCUAGAUAGCUUGAUAACAGCCAUAACAACCAGUGGUGCGCAUCCUUCAAAAUGUGUAACUAUCCAGCGGACUUUAGAUGGACGGUUGCAGGUAGCAGGCAGGAAAGGAUUUCCACAUGUUAUAUAUGCCAGAAUUUGGCGGUGGCCCGAUCUUCAUAAAAAUGAACUAAAGCAUGUUAAAUACUGCCAAUACGCAUUUGAUCUGAAACAAGACAGUGUUUGUGUGAAUCCCUAUCAUUAUGAGAGAGUUGUCUCCCCUGGAAUAGAUCUGUCGGGAUUGACCAUCCAACAUGCUGCGCCACCAUCAAGACUGGUCAAGGAUGAAUAUGGUAAUGAGAUCGGGUCAGCUUCUGGACUUGACAGCGGUACAUCAAGUGACCUCUCACAGACCGUUCAACAUCCCCCAGUGGACGGCUUCAGUAGGAUGUCUGGCAUGGGGCCGUCAUCGUCAGCUAGUGUCGGGCCCGCGGGGCAGAUCACAGACCCAAGAGUGUCGGGGGUUAUUUCCAACCCGAUGACCUCAAUCUCAGCCAGCGGGAGUCGUAUCAGUAGCAGUGGUAUAGGGCCCGGCCAUGCGAUGUCACCACAAUCCUAUUCUACAGGGAUACCCAACUCACAGGCUAUAACACCAUAUUCCAACAGAACGCCCUCUACCAGCUGGGAUGGAGGGAAUGCUUCAUUUACACAGAAACAUGACGGUCAACAGUAUUGGAAUAAUCAUACAAUACAGAGCCCUGAUGUACCUCUUCAACCUCUAACCAAUCAACCUCCUCCAGAAUUCUGGUGUACAAUAUCGUACUUCGAGUUAGAUCAGCAGGUCGGUGAGACAUUUAAAGUACCGUACAGUUGUAGUACGGUAACUGUGGACGGGUACACUGACCCUUCAAGUCUAGAUCGGUUUUGUCUAGGCCAACUUUCUAACGUACAUAGAUCUGAAGCCAGUGAACGGGCAAG